AUGGCUUGGAACCCAAAGGCACUGAUCGACCCGGUUAAAGCUAAGAAGGACGACCAAAAUGCGGACAAACCCAAGCCAGCAGCCUCCAACCCAGGGGCGCCACCUCCUGCUGCAGCGCCACCACCCGCCGCGCAGCCGCCGCCACCGCUGCCGAUGCCCGACAUCUUGGAAUCCCCAGAGGGUUUCGGCUCGCGAGUGCCUCCGCCCCCCGGAGGUGGUUCCACGUGGGAUCCGACCAAGCAGCCCCGACGGCCGAGCAUCGCCGUCUUCAAGCCCGAGGCCUUCGAGGAGGCCCUCGCCGGAUUCAAGGCGAAGAAGCAGCAAAGGCGCGUCCACUUCGACGUGACGCCCGGCGAGUUGGGCAUGAACCCGCCGUCCAUCGCGUGGUUCGUCUGUCUCACCUUCACCAUGUUCUCGCUCACGCUGGCCGUGCUGUUCAUCGCCUACUACGUCAACAGGCCAGGGUCCUACGUGCCGCCUGUCACAAACGUCACCAAGAAGCCCACAGCACCACCAAAAAAUGACACCGUCAAGCACCAGGUAAGUCUACACACACUAACUUUUCAAGACCUACAACUGAUCUUCAACAGGUUUAUAUCUGAUAGUUUAAAAUGCAGCAUAAUUGUGAAGGCUGCCAGCUCAGAUGUCUCACAUUUCUGA